GAGAGAGCAUUCAAAGAGGAGGCGGAGGAGCGUGCAUUCAAAGAGGAGGAGGGAGAGGAGCGCACAUUCGAGGAGGAGGCAGAGGAGCGAGCAUUCACAGAGGAGCAGAGAGCAGUCACAGAGGAGGCGGAGGAGAGAGCAUUCAAAGAGGAGGCAGAGGAGCGUGCAUUCAAAGAGGAGGCAGAGGAGCGUGCAUUCAAAGAGGAGCAGAGAGCAGUCACAGAGGAGGCGGAGGAGAGAGCAUUCACAGAGGAGCAGAGAGCAGUCACAGAGGAGGCGGAGGAGAGAGCAUUCACAGCGGAGCAGAGAGCAUUCAAAGAGGAGGCGGAGGAGAGAGCAUUCAAAGAGGAGGCAGAGGAGGAGGCAGAGGAGCGAGCAUUCACAGAGGAGCAGAGAGCAGUCACAGAGGAGGCGGAGGAGAGAGCAUUCAAAGAGGAGGCAGAGGAGCGAGCAUUCAAAGAGGAGGCAGAGGAGCGUGCAUUCAAAGAGGAGCAGAGAGCAGUCACAGAGGAGGCGGAGGAGAGAGCAUUCACAGAGGAGCAGAGAGCAGUCAUAGAGGAGGCAGAGGAGAGAGCAUUCACAGCGGAGGAGCGAGCAUUCAAAGAGGAGCAGGCGGAGGAGCGAGCAUUCAAAGAGGAGCAGGCGGAGGAGAGAGCAUUCAAAGAGGAGCAGGUGGAGGAGAGAGCAUUCAAAGAGGAGCAGAGAGCAGUCACAGAAGUGGAGAACAGGGAAGAGGAGGAAGAAGUAGAUGGGAACACUGACCCAGGAGAGAGCUCCAACCCAGGUUCAGACAGUGAGCCCAGUUCCACAGCAUCAGGAAACCAUAAACAACACAGACGGAGAAACUCAAGACAGAAACAUCACCACUGCAUGGACUGCUUCACUAGUUUCUAUGAUCCAGAGGAGUUGAGAAGGCACACUUGUAGGCCCCGCCCCUGUUCAGAUUGCAGUGGCAGCUUUAUUUGUCCAACUCACCUCAAAUCAAAACAGACUCAAAAAACAAUGGCGACAUACACGUGUGGUCAAUGUGGGAUGAGAUGUGAAACACCAAGCAAACUAAAGACGCACCAGAGAACUCACACAGGAGAGAAGCCAUACCACUGCACUGUUUGUGGAAAGGGUUGCAGUCAUUCGGACCAUCUAAAGACGCACCAGAGAACUCACACAGGAGAGAAGCCUUACCACUGCUCCCAAUGUGGAAAGAGUUUCAGUCAGUUAACAACUUUGAGAAACCACCACCUAACUCACACAGGACAGAAGUCUUACCUCUGCUCUCAUUGUGGGAAGAGUUUCAGUCAGUUAGCCAACCGAAAUACACACCAGUUAAUUCACACAGGAGAGAAGCCAUACAACUGCUCUCAGUGUGGGAAGGAUUUCAGAUCUCCAAGGGAAUUAAAGUCACACACGAGAACGCACACAGGAGAGAAGCCUUUCCACUGCUCCCAAUGUGGGAAGAGUUUCAGUCAGUUAUCAAGUCUGAAAAGACACCAACUAACUCACACAGGAGAGAAGCCUUACCUUUGUUCUCAAUGUGGGAAGAGUUUCACCACGUUAUCUGAACUGAAGCCACACCAGAUAACUCACACAGGAGAUAAGCCUUACCUCUGCUCUCAAUGUGGGGAUAGUUUCACCAGUUUAUAUUUCCUAAAGAAACACCAUCUAACUCACACUGGAGAAAAGCCUUACCUCUGCUCUCAUUGUGGGAAGAGUUUCAGUCAGUUGGCCAACCUAAAUACACACCAGUUAAUUCACAAAGGAGAGAAGCCUUACCACUGCUCUCAAUGUGGGGAUAGUUUCACCAGUUUAUAUUUCCUAAAGAAACACCAGCUAAUUCACACGGGUGGAAAGCUGUUCCAAUGCUCCCAGUGUGGUAAGAGUUUCAGUCAUUCAUCAACUCUGAAGAAACAUCAGAUAACUCACACAGGGGAGAAACCUUACCACUGUUCUCAGUGUGGAAAGAGUUUCAGUCUGGUAGGAAACCUUAAGAGACACCAACUAACCCACACCGUAGAGAAGCCGUAACAAUAAUCUUAUUGUGGGAAGUGUGUCAGUCAUUUACACCACCUAAUGUCCAGUUAAUUCACACAGGAGAGAAACAAUACCGCUGCUCUGUGUGGGAAGUGUUUCAGUCAAUCAGCAAAUUUGAAGAAGCAUCAGGGAAUUCAUACAGGAGAAAAGCUGUGUCGUUAGAUCUGAAGACACCCGUUUGUUCACAUAGGGGAGAAUCCUUAACUCUGCUAUCAAUGUGGGGAUAGUUUCACCAGUUUAUUUCCAAAAUAACACCAGCUAAUUAUGACUAAUAAUAGCUUACCUGGUUAGAUAAAGGUGGUAAAAAAUGACUUGCAAAGGAUUGUGGCAGCUGCUCCCUGUGUGGAAAGCUUCAGUCAGUGAACAAAUUUGAAGACCCACCAUUUCACUGGCACAGUGUGAGGAAAAGAUUCAGUCCCCUAGGAGACCUAAAGAAACACCAGCUAACUCACCCUGGAGAGAUCCCUUACCAUCUUCUUAAAAUAAAGCUGGUAGGAUAAUAUUAUUGUGAACAUAUCCCUAUUUCAGGAAUCACCAAAAAGGCAGCACGGCAGAGAGAACUGAGUGAAGUUGACAUUGUGGAAUCCAUAGCUAAUACCUGUCCAUAGAGAAUCCUGAGUAAUCACAGACAUCAUAUAUUCUAGUUGGAUUUCUAUAUCGCUUUAAAAAAGAAAAGAAGAAAAAAUUUAUACAUUUUCUGUGACUAAAUUAUAUAACAAAAACUUCUAAAUGUCAGAAAAUAAAUACAACUAUUGUAAAGUA